CAGGAAUUCCACCUAGGAGGUGAGAUGACAAAAACAAUAGAAUACACAAACAAACACUAAACAAAUGCUAAUAUUUGCCUACACGACUUGCGCUGGAGGGAAGAGAGGCAUUUAAAAAAGACUCGUUGACACCGAUGGUAUAGAGUUUUUCACUUGGAAUAAAACAUUUUGUAUACAAAAAUGGUAAUCAUUUUUCGAGCAGUUUGUGAAGAAUGAAAAUUCUGAAUUUGAAAUAAUUUACUGUCAAACAAUUUCGCCACCCGAAGGUGGAAAAUGACAGUAGCUGCUGCCAAAUGACAAAAAUUUAUAUUUUCAAUGUUUAAUUUUACAAUUUUUCUCUUCAAAUUUUGUUUUUAUGUAAAUUUUUUCACGCGUGAAACCUUACCAUGUCAGUUUUGAAGAAAUCAUUGAAUUUGGUAAAAAUAAUAUCAGUCACAAGAAAUGGGUUCAUUGUAGUACACCAAAGAAGUCAGUCGGCAUGGGCUGGUAUAGAAGCUGCACCUCCUGAUCCAAUUUUUGGCGUAACGUCAGCUUUUCGAGCCGAUAAGGACUCGAAAAAAGUAUUAUUGGGAGUUGGUGCUUAUCGAGAUGAUGCCGGUAAACCUUGGGUUUUACCCUGCGUGCGCAAGGCCGAAGAAAUGAUUCAAAGCAAACAAUACAAUCACGAAUAUGCGGUCCAAAGCGGCGUGGCCGAAUUUGCCAAACUUGCCGCGGAAUUGGCUUUCGGAAAAGAUGCUUGUAUCUUGCAGCAUGGUCUCAACCUUACAGUGCAAUCAUUAUCUGGAACUGGAGCGCUUAGAUUGGCUGGCGAUUUUAUAAGUAAAUUUUAUACGCAUUCAAAGGUGAUAUAUGUACCAACUCCAACAUGGGCCGUUCACAAUGUUCUAUUCAAAAUUUCCGGACUGGAUUUGAAACACUACACAUACUACGACCCUAAAACUAUUGGAUUAGACUUUUGUGGCAUGUGCGAAUCCAUAAGAAACAUGCCGGAAAGAGCGAUCAUUUUAUUUCACGCCAGAGCUCAUAAUCCCACUGGUAUAGAUCCUUCAAUGGAACAGUGGGAAGAAAUAUCGAAUCUGUGCAAGGAGCGGAAAUUGUUUGUUCUUUUUGACAUGGCAUAUCAAGGAUUUGCAAGUGGAGAUCUAGAUUCCGAUGCGGGAGCAGUCAGAAAAUUCGUGGACGAUGGCCAACAGGUAGCUUUAUGUCAAAGCUUUUCCAAAAAUAUGGGACUUUAUGGAGAAAGGAUUGGAGCUUGCACUCUAAUAGCUCAAUCUAAAGAAGAGCAAGCUAAAUUAAAAUCUCAAAUGAACUUUCUAAUUCGCCAUAUGUAUUCAAACCCGCCUUUAUAUGGAGCUCGCGUGGCGAUGCAUGUUAUGGGAGAUCCUGAGCUGAGAUGCCAGUGGUUGGAAGACAUAAAAACGAUGUCUGCAAGAAUCAAAACUGCAAGACAACAACUCGUUGAUGGUUUGAAAAAAGCUGGCUCACAAAAAGACUGGGCACAUAUCCUUAAUCAAAUUGGAAUGUUUAGUUUCACAGGAUUGACAAAAGAACAAGUUCUAAAGAUGACCAAAGAACAUCAUGUGUAUCUGACAAUGAACGGCCGAAUUUCGGUAGCUUCUUUGGGAAGUAAUAAUGUUGAAUAUGUGGCUAAUGCUAUGCAUGCAGUUACCAAAUAAAUUUUCAUUUGUAAAAACAUACCUUUUGGAAAAUUUUUGUACAAAAUAUACAUGUUUUCUUACAAAUUUGCAACUUUUCAUUAUUUUAUCUGUGUAAGCACAAUGAUCAAGAUACAAAAGUGAUAGUUUAAGAGGCAGUGACGAUUUUUGGCACUCAUUCCCAGUCAGACAACAUGGAUAAAAUUGUAGGGUUAAUAAUUCUAAGCAAAAUUUAUAUAUUUUUAGGGGGGGUUUUCGAUGGGUAAGAUUGGUAAUAAAGACUUACCUCUUCUCUUUUCCAUGCAACCAUUCGUGGCAGUAGAUGGUCCCAUUCGAAACCUAGCUAAGCCUUCACCUUUCCUCAAAAAGCGCUUUUUAGGCUUCGGAUCUGAGAUGUAUGGAGUAUCCUCCGCCAACUUUUCCUCCAACAAUUCGUCAAACGGUUUUGAGGGGGAAAUUUUCUUUUUGUCCCAUUCUCUAGCGUCAUUACUUAGCUGAGUGCUGGAAUUUAGACUAACAUCUGGAGAAACCCCGGAAUGGUUACCCGACUGUGAGUUACAUCUGGAUCCUUGUUUUUGUAGUAGAUUAUCAUAACUUCCCUGCCAUAGUUUUAAUUCUUGUAGACGGACGAAACUCAAAGACGGAGUAUAGGACAUAAUUUAAUUUGAACGAAAUUGAAAUAGUUCACAACGAAUUUUGAUACUUUUUUCCAAACUAAAUGCGUUUUUUUUUUUGUUUUUGUUGAAAAAUUUAAAUGUUUGUUUUCGGAAAGUUUUG